CGAGGCUUAACAGGCGAGCUGGCGACCGCGGCAGCUGCAGCUGCGGCUACUGCCAGAACCGCGCCGGACGUCCGACACACAGCCAGCGGGACCGUGGUGCGAUAGUUCCGCGGAUCUGACCGCAACUGGAGGUCUGCGCUAGCUCUGGAGUCCUGUGUGCACUGAACCAGCGGACACGAUGCAGUACCCACUUAACAGCUGCUGUGGACUGUCGCUGAGGACGGGUGCUGUCAUCAUCGCCUACCUGUCUAUUAUGAAGGGCAUAUUUCUGAUUGGGUAUGGAAUAUGGCUGAUAAGAAGUUUCGAUAAGCUUCGAUGGCAGAUGAACCAAGAUCCCCGAGAUGUAGAGCUGCAUGGCCGGCCUUGCUGUGAUGAGUGGAUUUUAGAUGUUGCAGGAUGCGUCGCCAUCUGCCUUGGCGUCCUGGUCAUUAUCACCAGCAGCGUGCUACUCGUCGGCGUCAAGAAGCGGCAGCCGGCGCUGGUGGCCCAGUGGCCUGCCGCCAUCGCCAUGCUGUUGCUGUGCGGUCUGGGGCUCACCGUGGCUGCCAUCGUUGCCUCCGCCUCCGGACAAAGGCACCUGUUGCUCUUGCUACCUGGUCUGACCACCAUCAUCGCUGCAGGAUUGGACGUGUACGGGAUGCUGGUUGUCCACAGCUUCUACAGGCAGCUAUUGGAGGAGAGGAAACCGUCGCCUCCCGUGCCCUUCGUGGGUUAGUCCUGCCUGCCUGCCUUCUCGUGGCGCUGCGCCAGCGCCUGGAACACGCUGCUCGCGUUACCGGCAACCAGUGGACGAAAAAUGGGGGAUCAGAAUCCUAUCCAGUUGCAACACGCUGGCCAGAGCAGGGGCUGAGAGACUCGACGCGGCAGUGCAAGGGUUAUGCAUCAUCCGAGAGAAGCCGCCUGUAUUAGCUGAUGCCUGAAUUCUUUGCUUUUUAUGUGCUUGUGCUGUCAACUAUAUACCUCGAUGCUAACAGAAGUAUCUUGUCACUAAUUUUCAUUGUUUAUUUAUAUACAGAUGUAUUCGCUCCUAUAGUACAAGAAAGUGACUUGUUAUUAAAUGUAAUUAUAGCCGA